AUCCAUCCCAAUCCCUUACACCCUAUAAACUCACCAACUCUCUCCCACACUCCUUCGUUCACACUCUCUGCUUCUUCUCUCCAAAGCUUUAUAUUUCUUUUUCUUUUUCUGCGUUUCACAAUGGAACAACCUCCUUCGUCGUCUCUUCAGGUGGAGACAGCACAACAAGCAGGACCUAGUCCUCUCAGAAAAAUGAUCGCUGUCUCGUCAAUCGCCGCGGGAAUUCAAUUCGGGUGGGCCCUACAGCUCUCUCUUUUGACACCCUACGUCCAGACCCUGGGCGUCCCCCACGCAUGGGCCUCCUUCAUUUGGCUCUGUGGCCCAAUCUCUGGGCUGCUGGUGCAGCCCAUUGUAGGGUACAGUAGCGACCGAUGUAGAUCUCGUUUCGGUCGCCGCCGUCCCUUCAUCUUAGCCGGGGCCGUUGCUGUUGCCAUCGCCGUCUUCCUAAUUGGCUAUGCAGCCGAUAUAGGACACGCAGCUGGCGACGACCUCGCAAAGAAGACCCGCCCACGGGCUGUUGCAAUCUUCGUGGUCGGCUUCUGGAUCCUGGACGUGGCCAACAACAUGCUCCAGGGUCCAUGCCGGGCAUUUCUCGGCGACCUCGCCGCCGGGGACCACCGCAAGACGAGAACCGCCAACGCAUUCUUCUCGUUCUUCAUGGCCAUCGGAAACGUCCUCGGCUACGCAGCAGGCUCCUACGACAAACUCCACCGCGCCUUCAAAUUCACACAAACCGAAGCGUGUGACGUCUUCUGUGCAAAUCUCAAGAGCUGUUUCUUCUUCUCAAUUGUCCUUCUCCUCGUUCUUUGUUUCGUUGUGCUCACUUGCGUGGAAGACCCUCAGUUUACGCCACGUGGGGAUGAGGACAAUUACGAAAACGACGGCGUUUCGCGGUCGUGGUUUUCGUGCUUUGGUGAACUCUGCGGUGCGUUUAGGGGUCUAAAGAGGCCAAUGUGGCUGCUGAUGUUGGUGACCGCUAUUAACUGGGUGGCGUGGUUCCCUUAUGUGUUGUUCGACACUGAUUGGAUGGGGCGAGAGGUGUACGGUGGUAAGGUGGGGGACAAAGCAUACGAUUCCGGAGUGCAUGUGGGGGCAUUGGGGCUUAUGCUGAACUCUGUGGUUUUGGCAUUGAUGUCGUUGGCGGUGGAACCCUUGGGUCGUUUGGUUGGGGGAGUUAAGUGGCUGUGGGGGAUCGUUAACGUUAUUCUCGCCGUUUGCAUGGCAAUGACGGUGCUUAUCACAAAGGCUGCAGAACAUGAACGCUUAAACGCCGUUUCCCUUGUUGGAUAUCCCUCACUUGGUGUCAAAGCUGCUGCAUUGACUUUCUUCUCCGUCCUUGGUGUUCCUCUUGCGAUUACUUACAGCGUCCCAUUUGCUCUGGCAUCCAUAUACUCCACCACUUCAGGAGCAGGCCAAGGUUUAUCUUUGGGUGUCCUCAAUGUUGCAAUUGUCGUGCCACAGAUGAUAGUAUCGGCUAUAAGUGGACAGUGGGAUAAAUGGUUUGGUGGUGGCAACUUGCCGGCGUUUGUGCUGGGUGCCGUGGCAGCCGCCGUGAGUGCCGUGCUAGCGGUUGUUCUGCUGCCAAAACCAAAGCCAGCAGAUGUGGCCAAGGUUUCUUCCGUCACUGCUGGGAGUUUCCAUUAGUAUAUAUAGAGUUUUACAUGGGACAAUAUUGGAUGGAGACUUUUUAUUUAAAUCUGGUGAAUGUGUAUUAUUUAGGUAUUAGACCCAUCAAAUAACUGUUUAGGGUGGGCUAAAGUUUUCUCCUUGUUUUCGAUAAUAUAUAAAUGUACAACAACAACAAAAAAAAAUAAAAACCCAUCAAACGCUUCCUAUUGCCAUUUUUGCAA